CUUCCCUUCAGCCCAGCGGAGGAACAGACCCAACGCACACAGACCUUCUCUAACCCCUUUCCACAGGAAAACAAGAAACAAACCCUGCGGUCAGAAUGUCUGCGGCCAAGCGUGCCAAAGGAAAGACCACAAAGAAGCGGCCGCAGAGGGCCACGUCCAACGUCUUCGCCAUGUUCGACCAAUCCCAGAUCCAGGAGUUCAAAGAGGCCUUCAACAUGAUCGAUCAGAACAGAGACGGAUUCAUCGAUAAAGAGGAUCUACACGACAUGCUGGCCUCUCUUGGGAAGAACCCGUCUGACGAGUACCUGGAGGGAAUGAUGAGCGAAGCUCCUGGACCCAUCAACUUCACCAUGUUCCUCACCAUGUUUGGAGAACGUCUGAACGGAACCGACCCUGAAGACGUCAUACGAAACGCCUUCACAUGCUUUGAUGAAGAUGCUUCUGGUUUCAUCCAUGAGGACCAUCUCCGCGAGCUGCUGACCACCAUGGGGGAUCGUUUCACAGAUGAAGAAGUGGACGAGCUCUUCCGCGAGGCGCCGAUCGACAAGAAAGGAAACUUCAACUACGUGGAGUUCACUCGCAUCCUCAAACACGGAGCCAAAGACAAGGACGACAUAUAAAAACCAGCACCAGAUCCAUUCAGCGUCUUAUUAUAUACGUGCAGAUCCUUUAUAUCCAAUGCUACUGAUGAUCCAACACUUCAGUCUUUUUUUGAGACAACAAGAAACCACAUUGCAAUGCACUAGAAACCAUUCAAAACGCCUUACCAUAUCACACUGGCAAGUGUUGCAUGUGCGAACAUACUUUAGAUCCAGUAUUUGAUCUGUUUUCUUUCUUUCUAUCUCCAGAUAAAAUCACCUGUGUAAGUUAUCAGAG